GCUGGCUCUGCUUUUACACCAGCUCAGCGCCAUUGACCCCCCCAGUGGAGUAACUCCGGACUCACACCCGAAUCAGGCCCUUUGUUAUACUCUCACCGAGUUAGGCGCACGAUGAUCCUGUACGAGGCACCGGAGGUGUGAUCAAUACAAUUGCCAAACUAGCCAAGACAUGCACUCUACGCCUUACAGUGGACAAACUUUACUUCAUCCUUACUGAUAAAGUGGCAAAUGGAGGGGUCAGCAUGUGGUGUGAGUUAAAUCAGGGGAACUUCUUUGAUGAAUUCCAGAUGGAAGGAGUAGCAGCAGAACACAACGAAAUUUAUUUGGAGCUGACACCAGAAAACCUAUCAAGAGCUUUAAAAACAGCCCAGAAUGCCAAGACGGUGAAAAUCAAAUUGACUAACAAGCACUGCCCCUGUCUCACAGUAGCUGUGGAACUGCCCUCGUUAUCGAGCAGUAGUCGCAUUGUGACACAUGACAUUCCAGUGGGAGUUAUUCCCAGAAGACUGUGGAAUGAUUUCCGAGAGCCCAGUGUACCAGAUUUUGAUGUCAGUAUUUACUUGCCAGUGCUGAAGACCAUGAAGAGUGUUGUGGAAAGAAUGAAAAAUCUCAGCAAUUGCAUUGUGCUUGAAGCAAAUUUAAACGGAGAAAUGAACUUGAAAAUAGAAACAGAUUUAGUGUCUGUUACGACCCAUUUUAAAGGUCUUGGAAAUCCUCCAUGGAUAUCAGAGGAUGGUUCACAAAAUUCUACUCAAAACAGAGAUCCGGAAAGCAUGGCUGAGGCACGCAUAGACAUUCGGAAGCUCCUGCAGCUACUUGCUGGGCAACAAGUAAAUCCCACGAAAGCCUUGUGCAAUAUUGUGAGCAAAAGGAUUGUUCACUUCAUUCUGCUUCAUGAGGAGGUUUCCCUUCAGUACUUCAUUCCAGCACUUGCAUGAAUACUCUUCUACAGCUCAGCAGUUCUGCCAUAUGAGGCCUUGCCUACAAAGAGUGAAACGAGCAUAAAGAGUGGGGAUUUUGUGCAUCGAUGGGCUCUUGAUCUAUAAUAUUUAAAAAAGUUGUGAUAUAUUUUAUAUUAUAUAUAUUUAUAGAAUUAUUGUAAGAACUUGAUUCCCAAGGAUAUUAUGUUUUUGUGUUGAUUAUAUAUUGGAUUAAAGUGAAAAUAUAUGGAAA